ACAUGUUGCCCGCAAGCCACUGGUUGGGGAUCACUGGUCUAAAUGGUACUACAAGUCAGUUUUAGGGUUAACACAGAGAAAGUUUAGUGGAUAAUUAGAAAUAGACAGGUGUAGAAGUUGAGAUUGUUCCGUCAGCCCCUUCCACACUUUCCUCACAUACUUUCCUCACAUUUGCCCUUUUAUUGACACCUGCCACUCGCAAAGACGUUUCCCCUUCCCCUGCUGCAUUUGUUCAUUUCUGUCUCCCACUUACUGCUCAGCCUUUUCCGUUCCUGCCCCUGGUCGUUUCCUUCCUGUCCCCCGUAGCACUCCCUUUGCUGCGCCUGGCUUCCUGCGCACACCCUAUCCUACCCCCUGCUAGUGUGCUGCUCAUUGGUUCUCCUCUACAUACCCCAGUGACCCUUGCCUUCUGGGCAGCAGCAGCUGACUCCACCUGUCAUGUGUAUGUAGGCUGUGGGGCCACCAGUCCCGCUGCACCCCAUGCAUAUUUAUAUGUAUAUAUGUGUGCUUACAGCCUCCAUUUUAUGACGUGACCCAAAUGCAGCUAUGUGCUGCUGCCCAAGCCAAGUUUGUGGACGUCAUGUGUUGAUUUUGCGAUACAGUUUCUGCGGUGGCUGGGGGUGAAAUUCCCUGCUCCCUUGGGGAGGUUUUCUGUGUACAAAUUCCCAGGAAUGGGCCGUGUCAGUGAACAAUUUGUUUAAGCGUGUACUUUGGAGCAUGAGAGAGGGCGAUACGUGUUUCUGAGUGUGUGUGUAGUGGGGGCUGUUCAUUGCUGGGCAGUUACAUUGUCUCCUGACAGACACAGGGUUAAUCAUGGGGUGUCUAACUAGUGCCAGAUGCGGGCAACUUGCCAACUUCCACGUCCUGUGUACAGAAUGUGUGGUCAUGUGACACGAGGAAGGGAGAGGGGCAGAUGAGCAAAGUGUUAACCCCUGAUGCGCACUCAAAGCUGUAAAAUAGAGCACAGCUGUCGGACCUGAGGUGAACCAGCAGAUGAACUACAACUUCCAUCAUCCUUAGCCAGCGUGGGUAUGGGUAUAAUUCAGUCACGCACCUCACACAUGCCUGUCAUUGGCUGGCUCGAAUAGUCGUUCGCCCCUCACAAAGAGAGUUGCCUGCAAAUGAACUCCAUGAACCCCAUGAAACCAUCGCACCCCAGCACAGGGCACAGUGAUGGUUCAUUUGCAUACGAGUCUGUUUCCUGGCAACCAAACACCAAUCAGGCAGCAGGAUCCCUCUCCGUGGUAACCACCGUCUGGGGUCUGAGCAACACAUCGCAGAGCCAGGUCUUUGGUAAUCCCAUGGUGCCCAGCGGUGGCCCCAGUGGGGGCGGAGUUAUGCCAGGUCUAACAAGCAAUGCUGGGGGGAUGGGGAACCCUCAGUUUAUGGGCCAGCAGGCGUUCUCUGAAGGCGGAGCAGGAAAGAGUUACCUACAGCAAAGCGUAUAUGGGCGAGGCGCAUACCCUGGGGGCAAUGCAUAUGCCAACAGUUACCCCGGGGUCCCCACAUCCGCAGGUGGCAUGGGAAUGCCACAGCAUACUGGCCGUGGCCCUGCAGAUUUCACACAGGCAGCAGCUGCUGCAGCAGUAGCAGCAGCCACAGCAACUGCCACUGCAACAGCAACUGUGGCUGCCCUACAGGAGAAACAGAGCCAGGAGUUAAACCCAUAUGGAGCGGUGGGCCCUUCUCACAAUUUUGGAGGUCAGUUCCUGCCUCAUUCUGGGCCCCGAGGACCAUCAAUGCAAGGUGGAAUGGCAUCUGGAGGUCUAGGGUCAGUGAUGAGUAACACUGGCAUGUCUCAAAUGGGUAUGGGCUCUGCAAGAGCCCCUGGCAUGAACCCUGUAUACACUGGGCAACGAAUACCACCCCAUGGCUACCCUGGCCAGCACCAGAGCCAGCAGAUACCUAGGCAAGGAGUAAAGAGGACGUACUCCAGUGAUGGUUACACUUCUCAACAGUACAUUCAGAGUGGCCAGUACCCUCCCCAUGGAGGACAGUAUGCACCAACCACCCCACAGCAAUCUGCCCCAUCCCCCUCCUACACCGGGCACCGGAUGCAGCAGAACAUGUCCCAGUACCUGCCUCAGGCGGGCCCUGGGGGACAUUAUUACAAGCUUACAGAUCAAUACAACGGACAGAGCAAUAACUUUAAUGGAGGAAACUUUGUCUACAAUCAAACUAUGACUGGGCCGGGCCGUUCCAUGCCAGGAUAUCCCAGCUCUCCCUUGCCAGGAAACCCUACUCCACCAAUGACACCAGGCAGCAGUGCUGCCCCCUAUAUGUCUCCAGGUCAGGAUGUGAAGUCUCCCUUUCUGCCUGAUGUUAAACCUCCACACAACACCUUGCAUCCGUCACCCACUGGUAGCUCCAAUGAUGAAUUACGACUGACAUUCCCUGUGCGUGAUGGAAUUGUGCUGGAACCAUUCCGACUCCAACAUAACCUGGCUGUCAGUAACCAUGUGUUCCACCUGCGGGAGUCCGUGUACAAGACGCUUAUGAUGAGGCCUGACCUGGAACUGCAGUUUAAGUGCUACCACCAUGAGGAUCGGCAGAUGAAUACUAACUGGCCAUGCUCAGUGCAAGUUAGCGUGAACUCUACUCCGCUGAGCAUUGAGCGUGGGGACAACAAGACUUCCCACAAACCUCUGUACCUAAAACAGGUUUGCCAGCCUGGCAGGAACAGCAUCCAGAUCACUGUCAGCGCCUGCUGCUGUUCUCACCUGUUUGUGCUACAGUUAGUCCACCGGCCAUCAGUCCGAUCGGUCCUACAGGGUCUAAUAAAGAAGAGACUGCUUCCGGCUGAACACUGCAUCACAAAGAUUAAAAGGAAUUUCAGCAGUGGCAGUAUUCCAGGAACUCCAGGACCUAAUGGAGAAGAUGGAGUAGAACAAACCGGCAUCAAAGUGUCUCUGAAAUGUCCAAUAACCUUCCGGAGAAUCCAGCUUCCUGCAAGGGGACAUGACUGCCGGCAUAUCCAGUGCUUUGAUCUGGAGUCCUAUCUUCAGUUAAACUGUGAACGAGGGACAUGGCGAUGUCCAGUGUGCAACAAAACUGCUCUCCUGGAAGGGCUAGAAGUUGACCAGUAUAUGCUGGGAACCCUACUGUAUAUUCAAAACUCUGAUUAUGAAGAGAUCACAAUUGACCCAACCUGCUGCUGGAAACCGGUCCCGGUAAAACCAGACACCCACAUAAAAGAGGAGACAGAUGGGCCAGUUCUGAAACGAUGCCGGAGUCUCAGUCCUGCUCACAUGGUGAUGCCGAAUGUCAUGGAGUUGAUAGCAGCUCUGGGACCAAAUUCUUCCCCAUUCAACAAUAUCCAAUCAGCCGGAGGUGUGAGCUCUGACUAUGCCAACCAGGGUCCUGGUUUUCAGAACCCAGGCGGAUAUUCAGAUGGUGGCUUCACAUCCAAUCCUGGCACACCAACUAUGAAUGAGUUUAACCCCACAGCACCACCACCUAUCUCCUAUCAGUCUGACAUUCCCAGUUCCUUAAUGGUUUCCGACAAGGCUGGAGGCCCACCAAUGCCUGGGCAGGUACCUCCCUCUGGGCGGAUUGAAUCUACGCACAAUCCCAGUCACUCGCCUCACACCUCCAACAUUGGUAGCCAAUCAGCACAUCAGCUCCACCACCGAAACACACCCCGUCAGCUAAUGGCACAAUCUGGUGGUGAUUUGGCAUUUAAUCCUAAUGUGGCCAUGGCAGGCACAGAGGUCCCAGAGCCUUCACUGGAUCUUCUCCCUGAACUGACAAACACAGAGGAACUUCUCUCCUAUCUCGGACCUGCAGACCUACCCAAUAGUGGUAACGAUGACCUCUUGUCUCUCUUUGAGAACAACUGAAGCUCCUUCCACUUUCAAGCUGAAUCUUUCUACUCCCAGCUUUUUUUCAUCACCCAGCCUUCCAGAUUCGUGCUAAAGAUGAAACCUAAGCGACACCCUGCAGUGCUAGAGACCUGCAGAGGGUUGCACCUAACUGGCAGAUGUUGCCGAGGUGCAUUAUUCUGCUAGAUGUAUAUGAAGAACAUCACACCAGAGCCUUAAAAUAUACCUGCUCUGGUUGGCAGAUUAUUGCACUAUUUAAUUCAACCUGUUACAAAAAAAUAAAAAAGGGAAAAAAAAGAAAACCUGUUGCACCGAGGGAUUGGGAGGCAUUCCUAAUCACUGUCCUGUUAUCCCAUUCAUGUAAACCGUGUCUGUGACUAGACAUAAUAUUGAAACAGGUUUCCCUUUCUUGGCUGAAGCAACUUGAAGUUUAUUGAUGAUGCACAGCUGUCAGGAUAGGAUCGAGUGUAUGACUCUCCAGACCUUGGCCAGCCUUUGGCUGCAAACAGGUAUUGAAACUAUCCCUAUACCUGUUUCCCUUUAAAGGGCCAGCUUGUGCCAGCUGACAGAAAUGUGGGGCCACAGGGUUGAUUUGGCAGCCUCUUCAUCCCAGGAGCCUGGCCAGUGAUGCAACAUUUAGAGCACAAGGUGGAUCUGUGUAAUCUGUGUGCACACACUGUCGGGAAGCAAUCAUUGUAAAGUCCAAAAGUACAAAAAUAUUGUAUAUAACUUAUACUGAUGUCGGCCUCAUAUAUUCCAUGUAUUCCACCUUUUUCUUUGAGAGGGAGGGGAUGAAAAUUGGGACCACAGGACACCUGAAUGCUCCUUUUGAUUCUGCCCUACGAACUGCAAAUUGGGCCCAGAACCUCGGCCCUGUAGAGACAUGCCAGCAUCCCGCCUAGUGCAAAUACAGAACAUGCAAUAAAGCAAGAGCCUUCCUCCAUGCAACACUUUUUGUUUAGUCAGUGAUAUUAGUUGAAUUAUUCGCUCUGCAGCAGAGCGGGGAGAAUAUGUAUAUUUAUAUAUAUGUAUGUGUGAUAAUAUCACAGGACAGUUCUAUGGAGGCUGCACUGACUCCAGCAUCAAUCGUCACAAGAUGAAGGUGAGGGCCAUCUUUAGCUGGUCCCAAUGAUUAUCGUUAUUUUUUAUUUCACAGCAAUAGAACAUACAUGUGUCGUUUGCACAAAGUUGCAGAGAUUUUCAGAUGGGUCGGCCCGACUCAUUGUUUUGAUUUUAUUUAUGUUUUUAUUUUAUGUUUGCAUAUAAUAUGAAUUUUUAAAAUAAUUUAUCCCAGGGCAAAAACAUAAAAGCUUUGAUGAAAUGCGGAGAAAGCAGGGACCAUCCCUAAACUCCCUCCUAUAUAACCAUUAUCCAUCUGUUACUCCAGAUAAAAUACCACUCCUGAAAUUGGGACAAAAAUGCCAAAAAUUUACUUUACCGUUCUCCAGACUUAAACCAGUGGGGUCAAGGAUCAUAAAGCCGGUGUGGGGCUCGACAUUUGGUUUCUAUUUAAAUAUCUAGGGUUUGUGCUCUGUGCUGGAAAAUGUGCAUUUUACAAAAAUAAAAGAAUAAUAAUGAAA